CGUUGAUAAUAUCACAGAAUAAAACAAUAAUAAUAAUAUCUUCAGUGGUUUUGUCCGCGGGCGGCGACGGCUACGAUAACUGAUAAAACGACCGCCGCGAAUCGGGAUUCUAAAUAAUGAUUCCGAGUUCUAAAUAAACAGUUGUUGCAUUUCUGCAAUUUUUCGAUAAACGGUACGAGGACUGGCAGUGUUAAUCGUCUCGUCGACUGAAAAAUAAUCUCAUUCCUUUAUCCAGUUCAUCGUCUUAAAUUAUGUAGACGACAGAAUUUAGCAGUUCAACGAUCGUAACUAAGUAUUCAAUCCUAUAUCAACAUUUGCCCACCAGUUUGUCUAGGACUGUUGAAUGUUGAUAGAAGUAGAGUGUAGAUGAACCGAAUAGAUUUACGGAGCUAAAGAAAAGGUGCCAUAUUUCUAAAAUGGAUCAAAUGUUACCGAGUCCGGGGUUCAGUAUUCCCAGUAUUGGAACCCCAGUACAUCAACCAGAAGAAGACCAACAGAUUAUGCAAAUGCCACCGCUACAACCACAAGGUCUAGCUAUGAGUACUAGUAGUCUACCGACUCAACAGUCAAUGAAUAAAAUAUAUCAGACGAACAACAUGGGUUACGCCACACCACACAGCAUGAUGCAUUCACAAACACCCGUACAUCAAAGUAUGCCAUCUUUAACAUCCAUCAGUUCAUCGUCAUCAACUAUACCAGCGCUACAAACCAUUCAAAACCCAGCAACGCCUGCUCCGAUGACACCUAUGACACCAGCUUCUGCUGAUCCCGGGAUUGUACCUCAACUCCAGAAUAUAGUAUCCACGGUAAAUCUUGGAUGUCGGCUUGACCUAAAAACCAUUGCUUUACAUGCACGUAAUGCUGAAUUUAAUCCAAAACGAUUUGCUGCUGUCAUAAUGAGAAUACGUGAACCACGUACUACAGCUUUAAUCUUUAGUUCUGGUAAAAUGGUAUGUACUGGUGCAAAAAGUGAAGAAGAUUCUAGACUGGCGGCAAGGAAAUAUGCUAGGAUCAUUCAAAAGCUCAGCUUUCCAGCAAAGUUUUUAGACUUUAAAAUUCAAAACAUGGUUGGCAGUUGUGACGUGAAGUUUCCUAUACGUCUCGAGGGAUUGGUGCUCACUCAUGGCCAGUUUAGCAGUUAUGAACCAGAACUAUUUCCUGGACUUAUUUACAGAAUGGUUAAACCACGUAUUGUGUUACUCAUUUUUGUGUCUGGAAAAGUUGUACUGACAGGUGCCAAAGUACGUCAAGAAAUUUAUGAUGCCUAUGAUAAUAUUUAUCCAAUAUUGAAAAGCUUUAAAAAAAACUAAAUCAUUAUAUAAGCAAUGUUUUAUUUCAAUGUAUGUAUUAUUAUUAAUGUUUAAGAAUUCCAUUUUCUCUUGACAUAUUAAAUUAUUUUAAAAUUAAGUUGUUUCAUUGUAUAAAAAUAGGAAAUAAUUUUUUCUGAAUAUUUUCAUGUAUAUUAUGAUAUAUGAUAUGAAAUCAAAGCAAAAUUGAAUGAAACCUCUAAGUGCCACUAAAUAUAUAAAUGUACAUAAUA